UCGCAGAGAGUUGUUUAGGUCCAUAUCAACAACAUUGUGCACGUAAACUAUAUCAUUUCGCUUAGUGCUGUUAAGUUUUAUCUGCUCCAAUACGGGCCAUCUGCUUUAAAACUUCAAACAGGCUUGGAAAUUGCUUUCAACGUGCGCUUAAAUGGAGAGGACACUUUUUAUGUUUUUAGUAGGUGAGUUCGUAAUUACAUAACAUCAAAAAUACUCAUCACAGCAUUAACAAAAAUACUGGUGAGUCGGUUUCUUUUUUAAGCAAGCUGGAUAACUACUUUAGCUUAUUUUAGCUAAAAAGGUUUUUCAUUUAAUUUCACAAAGCUAAGAACCGCGUAGAAAAGCGGCGAUACUUCGUCUUUAGCUGACGAAACUAUUUACAAAGUUGAACACAUCUACACAAAUCACAAAGACCUCAGGCGAUAAGGUAAUUUUUGUGCUCCGACGUGGGCGAUUUUAAGUGAAAGUUUUCAGGUAAAUGUGAUCAAUUCCCUCGAUUGCAAGCGAACAGCCGAAAACUUGGAUAGGUAAAUUUCUCUUAAACUACGUACUGGGCAAACAAAAUCCAAUAGACUCAGUCCACAAUCGCCUUAUCACCACUACAACAAGCAGACCAGUCUAUAGUCACGACCAACAUUCAUUUGCGAAACUCUCUUUAAACUGCGUUCGUCACAAAUGACCGCGCCCGCAAGAUUAAGAGACUCGACAGUUUCUUUUGUGAUCCACCGGUAUCAACCUACCAGUCAGUCAACAUUUGAAAGUAUAACUGACAUUUUUUUUAAACUUAAUACAGUAAAAAUCACGGAUAAAAAACGACUUUUCGACCGAUCUUCGGUCAUUUUCAAGUACGAAAAAAGUUAAAAGAAUAUCUGUGUAAAAUGUAGAAAUAUGUUAAGAACUAUAAAAAAAUUUUGUUAUCGAAUUUAAUGUCACUCUACAUAACGUGGAAUUAGUGGUUCGUUAACUUUCAUGAGAUAAGUAUCAAAAAAAGAAACUAUCUAAGAAUAUUUUAUCGGAGUUUUUUGCUAAUUAACAACAUAUACAAAGCUUUCCGCUAAAAGUGCCCUUAAGCGAAUGCCCUUAAUAAGUUCUCUACGUGGUCACUUACGAAGGCCCAUUAUCGUUAACGACCAGCUAGAUGUGGUUGCGACUCUUGGGUGCGACAACUUUUAUGGAUUCCCCAGGUGGAGAGCUUUGAUUGUAAUUUUUGACAAACCAAUUUUCGCUUAAGGUGUGUUAAGUUUGAAAUGCUCAGUUUGAAUCGAAGUGUUUAGAUUUCGACAUUUCGUGAUGUGAGUAAUUAAAAGACGUGAAGAAUUAAAUCUUCUCUCUGGGAGCUGUUAAGCCUAAUAGUAUAAGAAAUGUAUUACGUCACGGUUAGCACGUCGCAUAUUGCCGCAUCGUGGCAAUCUUAGUAGCAUUAGCCCGUACUCAAUCUUCUUGGUAAUUUUACAAUUCUUUUCGCGCCCAGUCUGGUUCUCACCUUUAUUGCUUCGCCCAUCUCUCAAGGCCGAUUGAUUUUGACUUUGCGUAAAUUUAGUUUAAUUCUUUUCUUCUUUAUUUAUAUCAAGUUUGGUUUUAAUUAGUAUUGUUAGUUUUUUAAAAUAUGCGGAUGUUUCUUUUAAUUUAAUUCUCGGCGUCGCCAUGCGUAAUCGUUACUGUUAAUUUUCGUUAGAUUAAGGCAUAUUGUUGUUAGAUUCUUUAUAUUUGGUCCAUGUAAAACAGUUAUUGCAUCUUUACCGUACAUGUCAGAUCUCGUAAAUAAUUUUUUCCGUAUACUUUUGCUUGUAUCCUAAUCGACUUACUGUACAUUUAGUUAUCUUUUUUGGUAAAGUUUUUCAGUGUUUUUUUUUGUGUGUUUUUGAAUUAAAAAAAUCCUUGGUAAAAUUGGUUUCUCGUGAAACUGUCAAGGGUUAUAAAGACAAAUUCGAAACUGUACCUAGGGAGUAAUCUACUGUGGUGAUGCUUUCUUUUUUAUUACAAGAGCCCUUUCGCUGCGAAUUACGAUUCAUCUACAGUGUGAUUCAAUGAUCACUUACUCUUUCGGUCACGUGCACGGUUUUCAAAGUAAUUGGACUCUAGCCUGGACCUUUCACAGGUGCAGGCAUCCCACGUUCGCGAGUGAGAAUCGUUUGGACGGAAACUGAAUUUUAGUCAUCUUCAUUUAGAGGACCGUCAAUCCACGCCUCUCGCUAUUGGCAGGAAAGCCAAUAAUACGGACCGCAGCUCCUAGUAAAUCCUUUGCAAAAAUAGAUAGCAGACGUUUGACUCGAAUCAAACUGUUUCUAUUGCGCUGCUUCUAAGCCAUGCCCGCAGGCCAAUUAGCGCUAGCUUGGAGGGUGACCUUACAUCCGAACUCUCAGAGGAGGACUGGUGACGAGACUCAAGGACUUUAACUUGAAUUUGAGGGUGUCCGAAAUAACGAAAUUUGACUGCAACUCUAAAAGCCAAUUUUUUUCCUAGUAUUCGCAGUGCUAGUUGUACAGAGCAGAGGUCAAUUCCAGUCUAUUGGAAAAUGCAACCUGACAUUCUUUACGGGUGGAGGACAGAAAUGCCAAAGAGACAUGAUCAUGGAACUGAAUAAUAACAACAUGACCAAUUGCAGGUUUGUUUUUAAAUGAACAAAUAAAUAAAUAAUUAAACAAACAAACUAGUGUACCUAAAAGGUAAAAGAGUGCUGCCCUAGCGUUAAUUUGCAUCGCCAAGUUAGGUUUUGAUUUUAAUCUCACGUUCUUCUAGCGCGCGCAAUUAGAAUACUUCAUGCGUAGCGUGUGUGACGCAAAUUGCCAGCCAAGUCGUCAGGAGUUUUACUUCGGUUAAUUGGAACAUUAUCUUCUGAAAUUAUUGUGAAAUGAUAGUUUAACAAAACCACGGGCGUAGAAGAUAAUUAAGAGGACUGAAAAACACGAUGUUAAAAGAAUUUCGAAAAAACACACAUUACAUUCUUCGAGAGUUUUCGAGACUACCAUAGCUUCAGACAAACAUGGGUAAUAACUGGCGGUGUGAGGAAAUCUUGGCUACUAUCAAGAGCCAUUAAGGCUCUUGCUACUAUAUAUGCCAUGAAAGAGAAAUUCAUCACAAAAGCGAGGAUUUCAACUAACCUCAACGACCUUCAUGCAACAAAACGCCAGCGCAGGUUGAUACAUGAAAGCAAUGAGCGAGGAAGGAAUUCUGGUAAAAAUCCGAUGGUAUUGUGGCUAAAAAUCCAGAUGCAUCGUGUGUAGAAAUCGAAAAUUUUCGUCCCUGUACAGAUUAGGUCUGCUGCCUUGCUCGCUCGUUUCAGGCUCGCUCGAGCGGCAGCAAUAAAUAAAGAAAUAAAUAGUUACUUAAUUAUUGCCUCCCUUAAUGAGGAUUUUUAAGGAUCAGCGAAACAAAUAAUUCAAAUGGAACAUAACAACGUUAAGAGCCCCAACGCGUAGGACUGAGGCCGAACCAUAAUUUGGCUACUUUACGAGCGUGGCCAGGGAUUUGAACUAGGGACUACCGCACUGGCAAGUCCAGCCAGCAGUCAGGGAGGGACUUGAACUCGGGGAGUCCGGAUUACAAGUCCACAUCCAGCAGGGUAUGGUUUUCAGAGUUGUGAGUCUUAACAGGUAUACAGUUUCACUAUUUAGCGUGUUGGAAAGCGAGUCUUUUUAGACCUGAGACCUUUAAAAGAGUGUGAAGGGUAACGACGAGCGGUCUAUAUGUGUGCUACUAACAAUUCUUUUUCACAAAACAUCUAAUUGGUUUUGAUUUUGUCCUAUUCUCUUUUGAUUUUGUAUGCAAAAUAAUGUGAUUCGAUUUGAUAAAAAAGUCUCGUCUGAAAAAGGUUAGCAAAAUUAGCAUUUUUUUUCUCAAAUAUGGUCAGGCUUUGAGGGCUUAGCGUCUACCCAAAGUUCCCGUAAGUGCUCCCCCGGGCCUUAAAUACUGACGCAACAUCCGAUUCAGAUCACCUUUUUCCAGCGAAUAUGGAAAUGAAAAUACCUGCCUUCAGCAAUCAUGUAAACAUGUGUGUGAAAAACGAGGCGCUUUUGAAAAAGGUCAGGGUUUGAAGGUCUUGGCAGCGCAACCCCGGCACACCUCUACCCAAACUUCCCUUAAGUCCCCUCCCGGACCUAAAAUACUGACGCAACAUCCGAUUCACCUUUGUAGCAGAGAAUAUGGAAAUGAAACUGCCUGCCUGAAUAAUCACGUGAACACUUGUGUGAAAGACGAUCCGUUUUUGAACCCUCUUCGAGGCGAGAUAUCAAAGCUGCUUGUCUUGUUGGUGUACCACUGCGGCAAUGUUAAUUCAAAUAAUGUUCAAGGCGUCAAUCAACUCAUCCUGACCACCGUCCAGUGUAACCGUGGUGCACUGAAUAGCAUUGUUAACUGCUGGGAUGACUUCCGCUUCGCAUUUGAAGCAAACAAGAGUGAUACAUCACUUUGCAGGUAAGGUGACUACCAUUUAACCAUACAUGGAGUAUUCUUUGGUGUUGCCGAAACCAUUGUUGGUUCGCUUGGGCGUUGUGUGCUCUGCAAUGUUCAAUUUCUUUUGAAUCUUUUGUAUUACGUAUUUUGGGACUGCAUUCCGUCCGCAACCACUGCCCACCUACCCCUCCGCUAAGCCAACAUCAACACUUACGUCUCACUUAGGGCAAAAUGUUGGCUUAGGGGAGGGGUAGGUGGGUAGUUUCCCAGAAACGUAUAAUGAUCCAAAAACUCCCGCUAUAUGCGACCUUUGCACAACGUUUGUGAAUCAGCUUCCUUCUUACAUUAAGCUAUCGACUAAGCUAAGUGACUCUCGUAACAAUUUAAGAUCUUUUAAUUGUAUAAACUUAACUGAGGCCAGUUGUAAACGUAAUUAUGGUAUAUCUUAGGUUUUCUAGCUUAUUCUAUAUUCGUAAUUGUCAUAUUCUACCUGUGACGUUUCUAUGAGCUUUUAAUCUAUUAAGUGGGAUGCAGGAGGGUGCCGCUUUGAGUAUUUCUUACAUAACAUUCUCGAACGAUAUUGAUUUUUACUGAGUUUUUAAUCUUUUAAAUUAUUUUUAUUGUCAUGCCUCCAGCUCGGAUACUAGGGGCUAGCCCAGCCCACGUUAUGACACAAAUAAAUUCAUUGAUUGAUUGAAGGUUUGUGAACCCAAAAUCCAGCAGGUUGGACACCUCAAGGAUUGUUGCACAAUGCAAUACUCCUUGUAGAGGACCAUUUGAUGAGCGCAUUUAUCGAGAAAAGGGUUCAAAUCAGAGAGAGGCUGCAUACGAAAUAAAACAAUGACUGUAGGAUUAGGCACCAAAGUGCUUUAAUAUAGGGCUGAGCACUUUAUCAAAACCGUUUACUUUUAAGUAAUGUACAGCUCGUUAAAAAUACGCGGUGUCAGCAGUUAGCCCAUGGAUGUUGUAGUGGGCACGGAUAUAGAUCAUAAAUAAAAUGGUGAGCGCUCAAGUUGUUUUUACCCUUUACCCUUUUGUUUUUUUAUUGUAUUUAACUAAAAGCACUAACUGUAGUUAGAUCAAGGCUAACUCGGUUCCAUAUAUUUCUUUACUAGGAAAUAUGCAGAUGCUAAAAAGAACUGUGUAAAUAUUGCUCGACAAGCCUGCGAUGGCAUCUGCAUGUAUAUUCCUAAAGAUGAGUAUAAUCCUUUUUGCGAUAAUCACAUGGAUCCCCCUGGAACGUCGGACUUGUUUGGUAAGAGAAUAUGGCCUAGGCCAAACGUCGAACUUUUCAUAAGACGAACCAAACUCUGAUUUGGGUCGACGUAAAUUAAGUUAAGAUCGUCUGUUGGGUAAGACGUCGAACUUAGGACGCGUCGGCCAAUCAACUGAAUCAGACCAAAAAGCGAUUUAAUUUGAUAAAUUUUCUCCCGAAUGGGGCUAAAUAUAUAUUAUCAUACACAUUUUUAAUUUAUUAGUUUGGUUCGUCGCAUGUGAAGAUCGACGUAUGUCCGGGAGACGAUCUUCAAACGUUCUCUCCUUCUGAGGCAGACGGAUAGAACGUGUUGGACGAUCAAACGUAUUCAGACGUCGAAAUUUUCAUAAACUUAACUCAACAAGUUUGAUUCGUCUCAAAAAAAGUUCGACAUCUGGCUUGGGCCUAACCAACACACCGUGCCAAGGGCUUGUGACAGAACGAGAAAGCGGCAGACCCAUGUUCGAUUCCCGGCUGAACUAAAAAUAACUGAGGAAACAAUAUAAUACUUCCUUUAAAUUGACCUAGGCCGGAAAGUGCCCACCUCUAGUUUCUAUCUUUCUGAUGGUUUGUGAAAUGGGAGAAAGGGGGAGGGGAGGUUUCUCGGAUAGGAUUUUAGAGUUGAAUUUGAGCUUAUCCCAGUAGGGAAGCUUUGCACACCUAGUAAAACUAUAAACACUACUGACCACCAACAAAAACAUUUUAUACAAACAAAGGAACAAACACAGACAACAACAAAANAACCAAACUCUGAUUUGGGUCGACGUAAAUUAAGUUAAGAUCGUCUGUUGGGUAAGACGUCGAACUUAGGACGCGUCGGCCAAUCAACUGAAUCAGACCAAAAAGCGAUUUAAUUUGAUAAAUUUUCUCCCGAAUGGGGCUAAAUAUAUAUUAUCAUACACAUUUUUAAUUUAUUAGUUUGGUUCGUCGCAUGUGAAGAUCGACGUAUGUCCGGGAGACGAUCUUCAAACGUUCUCUCCUUCUGAGGCAGACGGAUAGAACGUGUUGGACGAUCAAACGUAUUCAGACGUCGAAAUUUUCAUAAACUUAACUCAACAAGUUUGAUUCGUCUCAAAAAAAGUUCGACAUCUGGCUUGGGCCUAACCAACACACCGUGCCAAGGGCUUGUGACAGAACGAGAAAGCGGCAGACCCAUGUUCGAUUCCCGGCUGAACUAAAAAUAACUGAGGAAACAAUAUAAUACUUCCUUUAAAUUGACCUAGGCCGGAAAGUGCCCACCUCUAGUUUCUAUCUUUCUGAUGGUUUGUGAAAUGGGAGAAAGGGGGAGGGGAGGUUUCUCGGAUAGGAUUUUAGAGUUGAAUUUGAGCUUAUCCCAGUAGGGAAGCUUUGCACACCUAGUAAAACUAUAAACACUACUGACCACCAACAAAAACAUUUUAUACAAACAAAGGAACAAACACAGACAACAACAAAAAAGCUAGAAUGUCUGCGUUGCUAAGGUUAUUUCAAUAAGUUAUGACAUUGUUGGGUUUAUUUUUCAGACUGCAUUCGAACUCUGGGAUGUUCAGAAAAAGUUGUUUAUGAGGAAGCAAUGAAAUGUGACAAAUUGUCCUCCAAAGACUUUGCAGGCAGCCCUCAAGAUUGCAGGUAACUAUGCGCUCAUUUAGCCGUGAGAGAAGGCUUAAAUGAGCGCACCGUCGGCCUCAGGCUUGUCAGUUGAAGUACUCUUACGAGUUACUAAAUUCCAGGGAUAAUUAAUAUCUUUAGGGUUGUGGGGGAGAAGUAAUUUGCUUCCAAAAAGUUCAACAGUUCUCUCUGAACCAAAGUUUGGACCCCCCCCCCCCAGUCAAAAAUUCCUGGACGGAAAAUAAAUACCUUCACCUAAAAGAAAAUUCCCGGCCAGGAAAAAAUACAUGUUAACACAGACGAUGAUCUAUUUUCUCCUAUAUCUACAGUACGGAACUCCGGGAAAAUGCGGACUGUUUAAGAAACAACCUGAAUAGCAAAUGCCCUGCCUUGAACCAGAAAGCACAGAUCUUUGACGAUUUGGAAAUUUACCUUCGUGGUAUCCUAACUUCUCAGCGAUUCUUCUGCAGCAAAGCGGAAGUGAACGCAGCAAUGCUUCAUAGAAGUGUACAAGAAAUUGCAAAUUGCCAACCAGCGUUUUUUACAGAAGCUGAAAAGUGCGCUGAGCCUUUCAGGAAGACUUACACAGAGGCAUCCCAAAAGAAGUCUUCUGGGGUUUGCACGUGAGUAUCUUUAAAUAACUUACGUCAGAAUAGAUAACGGACGAAACAUUGUUCCCAACAUUGUUGGAUGUUACAUGUUGCGUGCGUUUGCAUGCUGUGGCUUGUUGUUUGGAGUGGUUAAACUUUUGACCAACAACUCCCAACAUUUCUUUUGUUCCGUGAUCGCAGAAGCGAAGUGCAACAAUGUUGGAUCCGUUUUUGCAGUUCUUCCAACAUUGUUGGGACCACGUACGCGCACCACACAUGGUCUCCAUGUAUCCUUCCCACGGUGCACUGCAGGUCCAACAUUCGCCAACAAUGUUGGGAGUUGCUGCAUCAGUUUGCACGCCACUCUGCUAACACUGACACAACAACUCCCAACGUCGUUGGCCCAACAAUGUUGGGAGUGGUUGCGUCCGUUUGCGCUUAUUCUAUUGAGUUUUAUACAUUAAGCAUCUGCAUCUACAUCUGCUGAGUUUGGUUCGAGUAUCCAGUCGGAUAUAUUAUAAUCCUUGAUUUAGAUCCCGGCCAGGAUUCCAGUCCUCCUUUUUUAUCCAGUGCUUUUGUAAAGCGACCACCUUACUGACUCUGGCUAUUGCGCUCUGGCGGUUCACCAACCUCGUUCCCAGGGUCCCCCUUACUUGUCUCCCGCAACAAACAGAAAGGAAGAGGCGGGAAGUAAGAGAGAGCCCUGGUAAAAAGGUUGGAGUAUCAGGUGCUCUUUGUCAGCCCACACUUUGGGAACGUACCUCACCAGUGUUACCUCACAUCUCCCUCAUAUAAUAUAAUCGUAUCAAACGAAACUACUGUCUUUGAUGGCUUGGGCGUGUGUCCGCUAUGCAUAAUACUAGUGUUGGUACAACAUGAAAACAAAAUGGAAUAUUACCCCUAAGGAACUAUUAUCGGCAAGAAGAUUCCAAAUGUCUCGAAGGACCGGCUUCCCUUACUUAUUUUUUAUUAAUAUAAUUGACCUCAUAAAUAAAGUAAAUACAAAAAUAUACAUUAAUAAGUUAAAAUAAAUAAUGAUAAAUUACAGAUUAAAAAGGAUAUACUGAUUGAAAGAAGUGUUGAUUUUUGUUUUCAGGGCAUUUGCAGAAGCCAAAAUAUGCCUGAAUAAAGCACACAAAGAUAGCUGUUCUUUUGACGAGGAAACCCUGAAAGCAGCCACGUUUGACGACGAAAAUCCCUUUUGUGAAGAAGGGAAAGAUCCAAAACAGAGAAGCGGAGCCGGUGGCGCAGGCGCAAUAGCAGCAGCAGUAUACUUGUUUUCCUUAUACAGCUUCGUAUUGCAUUUGUCUUCCACCACUUAAUGAAUCAUGAGUGUAUUUUUCAAAUAUCCUUCCGCACGCGUCUUGCCUUCCUGUGUUAGCACACAACAUGUUUAGCCAAUGAUCAACAUAAACGCGAUCAAAUGAAAACCUAGCCUGUGCCAGGCUCUCAGUCAGUGUAGAUGAGCGAAGAAAGCGAAUAAGAAGCGAAAGAAGGACGAGAGCAGCNAACGAAACUACUGUCUUUGAUGGCUUGGGCGUGUGUCCGCUAUGCAUAAUACUAGUGUUGGUACAACAUGAAAACAAAAUGGAAUAUUACCCCUAAGGAACUAUUAUCGGCAAGAAGAUUCCAAAUGUCUCGAAGGACCGGCUUCCCUUACUUAUUUUUUAUUAAUAUAAUUGACCUCAUAAAUAAAGUAAAUACAAAAAUAUACAUUAAUAAGUUAAAAUAAAUAAUGAUAAAUUACAGAUUAAAAAGGAUAUACUGAUUGAAAGAAGUGUUGAUUUUUGUUUUCAGGGCAUUUGCAGAAGCCAAAAUAUGCCUGAAUAAAGCACACAAAGAUAGCUGUUCUUUUGACGAGGAAACCCUGAAAGCAGCCACGUUUGACGACGAAAAUCCCUUUUGUGAAGAAGGGAAAGAUCCAAAACAGAGAAGCGGAGCCGGUGGCGCAGGCGCAAUAGCAGCAGCAGUAUACUUGUUUUCCUUAUACAGCUUCGUAUUGCAUUUGUCUUCCACCACUUAAUGAAUCAUGAGUGUAUUUUUCAAAUAUCCUUCCGCACGCGUCUUGCCUUCCUGUGUUAGCACACAACAUGUUUAGCCAAUGAUCAACAUAAACGCGAUCAAAUGAAAACCUAGCCUGUGCCAGGCUCUCAGUCAGUGUAGAUGAGCGAAGAAAGCGAAUAAGAAGCGAAAGAAGGACGAGAGCAGCAAAAACGUGAGUGAGCGAAAAACGGCGGGAAGGGAGGUGUCACUCUCUCUCCCCAGCUCUCACGCAGUUUUUCGCACUUUUUUCGAUCAGUUUUCCGCAUCAUCUUGGAGCCUGGAACAUGCUGAUGAAAACCGCUCUUUGGGCAAGCAAAUGACGUUUUUCUGGGUUGCAACAUGACAGAUUCAACAUUCCAAAAGCAACAUUGGAAAUGCACUUUCAGGGUAGGUCGGCCCAAAGGCCCGACGGACACACCUAAUAUGCUUGACGUUUUACAGUAUCCACAGGGCUCCAAGUCCUUUCUUUAAAGAAUUCUUUUAACUUGAGAAUCGAGACAAAUUUUGAAUGUAUUCGCUGGUAUGCAUUUUACUUAGCCAUG